GGAGAUAAUAUGAUAUUUAUUUUCUGUCAUAUUUCACCCGAUAAGGUACUAGAUGCACCUCACUCCGAUCUGCGAAAAGCUGAACUUGCCAAAGCUGCCACAGGGUUCAUAUAUCUACAUUUUCAGAAGAACUUCUAAGGCUAGAGAAUUUAGCAGCGUAUAAUCCAGAAUGGCGGACGAUAUGGACGUGGAGAUGGAAAUUCCGCGCGGGACGAAGAGAAAAGCAGAAGAUAUACUGCAGGCAGACAAGCCAAGACAUAUUAGAGCCCUUGAUCAAGAUGUAGUCAAUAAGAUUGCCGCUGGCGAGAUUAUCGUGGCCCCGGUCCAUGCUUUGAAAGAGCUAAUCGAGAACGGGGUUGACGCGGGCUCCACAGCUAUAGAGAUUCUAGUCAAAGAAGGGGGUCUGAAACUUCUUCAGAUCACGGACAAUGGCCAUGGUAUCAAUAGGGAUGACUUGCCCAUACUGUGCGAGCGUUUUACAACUUCGAAGCUCAAAGCAUUUGAAGACCUUUCAACAAUCGGAACGUACGGUUUUAGAGGCGAAGCGUUGGCGAGUAUCAGCCACAUUGCGCAUCUCACCGUGACUACGAAGCCUAAGGAAUCGAGUUGUGCUUGGCGGGCCAAUUACUCUGGAGGAAAGCUUGUGCCCGCUAAACCUGGACAGAGUGCAGACCCUAAGCCUACUGCUGGGCGACAAGGCACGCAGAUUACAGUCGAGGACCUUUUUUACAAUGUGCCAGCGCGCCGUAGGGCGUUCCGUUCCGCAAGUGAAGAAUAUGCAAAAAUUCUUGACAUGGUAGGGCGAUAUGCUGUGCAUUGUCAUGGUGUCGCAUUCACGUGCAAGAAACACGGUGAUACCAGCAUGGGCAUCUCUACGCCGGCAAAUGCUACUAUCGUUGAUAGGAUACGUCAGAUUCAUGGGGCUGCCGUUGCUAAUGAGCUCAUCGAAUUGAAAAAUGAAGACGAUCGCCUCGGCUUCAUGGCACAAGGUUGGGUUAGCAAUGCAAAUUACCAUGUCAAACGAACAAUGCUGCUACUCUUUAUAAAUCACCGUGCAGUGGAGUCAUCGGCCAUUAAAAAAGCCGUUGAGCAGACUUAUUCGGCGUUUCUUCCAAAGGGAGGGCAUCCAUUUGUAUAUCUAAGUUUAGAUAUCGAUCCACGACGAGUUGAUGUAAACGUGCAUCCUACGAAGCGGGAGGUGAACUUCCUCAAUGAAGAUGAAAUCAUCGAACAAAUCUGCGAUAAAAUCCGACUCAGCCUCUCCACAGUCGACAGCAGUCGAACAUUUAUGACACAGACUCUUCUCCCUGGAGCGAGGAUCCCUACAAUUGCGACUCUGCCUGACUCUGGUAUCGACAGUCUGGUAGUCGGGCACAACAAAAGAUCUGGACAACAAAAGGUGUAUGAGAACAACCUUGUUCGAACGGAUUCUCGCAUGAGAACUAUAACCUCGAUGCUUCCUCUUAGUGUAACACAACCUCUUUCUCGACAAGAUUCCUCAGACGGUGCAUUGCCGGAGGAUCUCCAAUACGACCAGACAGACAAAGAGACGGUGCUGUGUCGGCUGACGAGUGUCAAGGAACUUCGAGCAGAGGUUCGAGAUUGCAUGCACAGCGAACUUACGGGGGUAUUUGCGGGACACUUUUUUGUCGGUAUCGUUGAUGAGAGAAGAAGAAUUGCUGCCAUUCAAGGUAGUGUGAAGCUCUACUUAAUCGACUACGGCAUGAUCAGCAAUGAAUUCUUCUAUCAAGUCGGACUCACAGACUUUGGGAACAUGGGUGUCAUCAAAUUCGACCCGCCGCUCGAUCUGCACGAGCUCCUAGUCAUCGCAGCAGACUACGAGCAGAAGCGACAAAGCCAAGAGGCGGGUCAAAAACAAGCCGGAGAAGCAAUUGAUUGGGUCAAAGCGGUUGCAAAAGUCGAAGAGCAAAUUCUCAAAAUGCGCGAAAUGCUCCAAGAAUAUUUCUCGCUUGAAAUAUCCGAAAACGGCCAAUUACUGUCUAUUCCACUUCUUCUGAAGGGCUAUGUGCCCAGUAUGGCCAAACUUCCUCAAUUCCUAUUACGUCUAGGGCCGACAGUCGAUUGGGCGGAUGAGAAGAAUUGUUUCGCCACGUUCUUGCGCGAACUAGCGAGCUUCUAUGUUCCUGAAUCUCUUCCGCCGUCUCCUCAGCAGGGUCAUCAAGAUUCCUCUGGCAAAGAUUCGCAAUCUACGUCCCAGAAAUUACGAGGCGCAUCUGCAGCCGGAGCCGAAGAUGUAAGUCUUGGAGAUGUAGGUCCAAAUGAUGACACUCUGUCAGAAAGACCAGAUGCCAUGGAUACAGACAGGGAAGGGAAUGGAGAUGAAGAACAAGAGGAGCCACCAGAAAUCACCGCCCGUCGGGCACAACUAAAUCGGAUGGUGCAAGAUGUACUCUUUCCUGCAUUCAAGGCUCGCUUGGUCGCUACCAAGGGUCUGCUGAGAGGUGUAGUGGAAGUAGCCGAUUUGAAAGGAUUAUAUCGUGUGUUUGAGCGUUGUUGAGUUAAAGAUAGACGUAACGUAACGCAAAUUACAUAGAGGAGACCAUCACGGUUUUUCCAAGUAUCGGAU